AACUUUAAAGCCAGGUGUCCUUGUUGGCUGCAAUGCAGGUGUUUGGGAAGAUUAGCAUUCAUAGGUAGUUUCAUUUAAAUAGUUAGCAUAAAUGCUCAAGCUACCAUUUUCAUUCAAGCAUGAGUUAUAGGCCUAAUGUAUAAACCUGUGAAAUAAAUUAAAGCGCGCCGACAGGAAGUGGGAAACGCUUGUAUGUUUGUGUGUCCGCCCGCGUGCGCGGCGCGCUGUGUUUGAGCGGUGCGGCUGCGGUCAGUUCGAGGAGAGAGAGAGUGUGUGUGUGUGUGUGUGUGUGUGAGAGAGAGAAAGAGGUGUGAACUGUCAGACGAGAGGACUCGAUACCGAUGCGCUUGAAAGGAGUGAAGCAAAACCGCUUGUUGCGCUAUAAUUGUACACAAGAGGACGACAGGAAAUAUAGUUUUUUUGUUGUUUUUGUGAUAUUUACUACCUAAUAUAGAUCUUUCGACGAAACAUAGGGGUGCAAUAACAGGCUAUAACCUCUGUCUUGCCAGGCCAUUACUCAUGCAUUGUGGUAAGCUAACUGGGUAGCUUUGACUUAAGGGUUCCAUAACCUGAAAAACAAAUCGCUUCCCCUUUUUUGAAGAGGAGGAGGAAGAGGAGGCGGGGGCCGCAUAGCUUCUUCUGUAUUUCAGUUGUCUGGGGUCUGUUGUUUUAUUUUUAUUCUGUAAACGGAGUUUAUCUGAAUCAGGCUACUUCGUCUAUCUUCAUAUUAGGACGACAGCGGCGGGUGUCGGAGAGGUGUGUGAGGAAGAGGAAGAGGCAGGAAUGAUGAUGAUUGGUAAAUCGGUGAAAGACAUUGACAGAUAUCAAACUGUCCUCACUUCGCUACUGUCACUCGAGGAGAACAAAUUCUGCGCGGAUUGUAAAUCCAAAGGUCCCAGAUGGGCGUCAUGGAACCUGGGUAUAUUCAUCUGUAUCCGCUGUGCUGGGGUCCACAGGAACCUGGGCGUCCACAUCUCCAGGGUCAAGUCUGUCAACCUGGACCAAUGGACACAGGAACAGAUACAGUGUGUUCAGGAGAUGGGGAAUGCCAAGGCCAGACGACUCUAUGAAGCUUUCCUCCCAGAAUGUUUCAUACGACCAGAGACUGACCAGUCAGCAGAGAUGUUCAUCAGGGACAAAUAUGAGAAGAAGAAGUACAUGGACAAGAUCCUAGAUGUCAACAGACUUAGAAAAGAGAAGAGCUGUGAAAACAUCCCCAAGGAGCCAGUGGUGUUUGAGAAGAUGAAGUUGAAGAGAGAAAACAGCCCAAAGACACAGACCCAGUCUCCGUCUAUCUCAGACCUCCUAGGACUUGAUGAUCCUGCUCCCCAUGCUGCUAUAUCCAAUGGUAGGUCCAGCUCUGGAGAGAGGGGGAGUCCUCUGGUGACUAACCCAGCUACGGUGCACUCUGACCUGAAUCUAUUCAGCUCUCUGCCUGCCUCUUCCUCCACCAACACCACGCCGGUGGGUAGCUCCAUGCCCAGGGGUUGUGUGGCCGCGUCGGUACCCGAGAACCUCAGCCUGUUCCUGGACUCAGCACCCAGACAGGAGGGCUCUAGGACAAAGAUGUCUAAGGCUUCCAUUCUCUCCCUCUAUGCAACCACACCCACAUCGCACCAGAACCUAGCUGCCAGGGCUGGCCUAUACAUGAACCCAGCACAGCUGGGCUACUACGGAUCAUACCAUUCCCUGGCCACUGAGGGGGGAGCGAUGGGAGGAGCCAUGGUGACAUCACACUCCAUGAUGGCCCUGAGUGGUCAGCAGCAGAACGGCAUGAUGGGAGGGCAACAGCAAAGUGUUUUGGGAGCUCAGCAGAAUGGAAUGGUGGCAGCACAACAGAACGGCAUGAUGGGAGCUCAGCAGAACGGCAUGAUGGGAGCACAACAGAACGGCAUGAUGGGAGCUCAGCAGAAUGGAAUGGUGGCAGCACAACAGAACGGCAUGAUGGGAGCACAACAGAACGGCAUGAUGGGAGCUCAGCAGAAUGGAAUGGUGGCAGCACAACAGAACGGCAUGAUGGGAGCUCAGCAGAACGGCAUGAUGGGAGCUCAGCAGAAUGGAAUGGUGGCAGCACAACAUAAUGGCUUUAUGGCUCAACAGGGAGUCAUAGGGCAAGCAGUCAACACAUCCCCGUUCAUGGCAGGAGUGCCACACAGCAUGAUAAAUCAGCAAAGCAUUAUGGGAGCUCAGCAGAGUGUUAUGAUGGGAGCUCAGCAGAGUGGCAUGAUGGGAGCUCAGCAGAGAGGCAUGAUGGGCGCUCAGCAGAAAGGCAUGAUGGGAGCUCAGCAGAACGGCAUGAUGGGAGCUCAGCAGAAAGGCAUGAUGGGAGCUCAGCAGAACGGCAUGAUGGGAGCUCAGCAGAACGGCAUGAUGGGAGCUCAGCAGAGAGGCAUGAUGGGCGCUCAGCAGAACGGCAUGAUGAGAGCUCAGCAGAACGGCAUGAUGGGAGCUCAGCAGAACGGCAUGAUGGGAGCUCAGCAGAACGGCAUGAUGGGAGCUCAGCAGAACGGCAUAAUGGGAUCUCAGCAGAGAGGCAUGAUGGGAGUGCAACAUAACUGCAUCAUGGGAGCACAGCAACAAAGCAUCAUUGGAUGUCAACAGAAAGGCAUGACGGGCGGAGUGGCGUCCGUGCCUCAGCAGGUACUGCAGGAUCAGUGCGCCAUCACUCAGGUUCCGUAGGACUACUUAGAGCCCUGCACAGGCACGCAUUUUAAGCCAGAGCUCUACCAAUGCCCGGCAACAUUCAGGCCCUACCCUGCCCAGGCCCAAUUGCUUCUGCUAACUUUAAGGCCCAGCCCUGCGCGAAGCCCAAAAUCAGAAAUCACUUCCUCUGUUAGUAAAUCCAUUAUCUGCUCUGUCUGUCACUCACCCCCUGCACACAGUUCGCUCUGCAUGCGCUCUGCUCAUGGCGCUCUGAGUCUGUGAGUAACCAUAGCGACGGCUCCGCUUCGGGCUACUCGAUGACAAGGUUGAAGCACUUCUAACGCCACGUUAUGAUCUUAGUCAGAUAUGACUAUACUGCACAGCAGAGUACGUGCAAAUGGCUCAGCUUCAACAUUUUAAUGACCAUACCAGUAGCCUAGUUAUUGAUGAGAAGAAAAGAAAAAACGGCCCUAAUCUGAUGUUGGGGCCCGUCGGGCUUGGGACGGAUAGCAGAGCUCCAGGACUCCUUCUGUUCUCAGUCCACCAAUAGCAGAGCUCCAGGACUCCUUCUGUUCUCAGUCCACCAAUAGCAGAGCUCCAGGACUCCUUCUGUUCUCAGUCCACCAAUAGCAGAGCUCCAGGACUCCUUCUGUUCUCAGUCCACCAAUAGCAGAGCUCCAGGACUCCUUCUGUUCUCAGUCCACCAAUAGCAGAGCUCUAGGACUCCUUCUGUUCUCAGUCCAACAAUAGCAGAGCUCCAGGACUCCUUCUGUUCUCAGUCCACCAAUAGCAGAGCUCUAGAACUCCUUAUGUUCUCAGUCCACCAAUAGCAGAGCUCUAGGACUCCUUAUGUUCUCAGUCCACCAAUAGCAGAGCUCUAGGACUCCUUCUGUUCUCAGUCCACCAAUAGCAGAGCUCUAGGACUCCUUCUGUUUUCAGUCCACCAAUAGCAGAGCUCUAGGACUACUUAUGUUCUCAGUCCACCAAUAGCAGAGCUCUUCAUAUCAGCAUCCCAAGUGGCAUGCUAUCCCCUUGCAAGUGCACUACUUUUGACCAGAGCCAUCAGAAGUAGUGCACUAGGGGAUAGAAUGACAUUUGGAACAUUUGUUGACCAGCCUGUUGACCAGCCUGUUGACCAGCCUGUUGACCAGCCUGUUUACCAGUCUGUUGAUCAGCCUGUUGACCAGCCUGUUGACCAGCCUGUUGACCAGCCUGUUGACAGCCUGUUGACCAGUCUGUUGAUCAGCCUGUUGACCAGCCUGUUGACCAGCCUGUUGACCAGCCUGUUGACCAGUCUGUUGACAGCCUGUUGACCAGCCUGUUGACCAGCCUGUUGAUCAGCCUGUUGACCAGCCUGUUGACAGCCUGUUGACCAGUCUGUUGACCAGCCUGUUGAUCAGCCUGUUGACCAGCCUGUUGACCAGCCUGUUGACCAGCCUGUAAAGCUAUUGGAGCCUUUAAGGUUACGUUUCGGACAGCAGACAUUUCUUAUGCUUUUACUAUCAGCGAUUGGCCACUGGGUAUAUGCCAAUCAUUCCUUAUGUCGACAGCGCCCGAACCCCAGGUCUGUUUACUCACACGCAAACAAAUAAAAACAAAUAGCAUAUGUUUAUUAUUAUUGUUAUUACUAGGCUAUUAUUAUGAUUAUUAUAAAUGCAUGAUGAGGUAAAUAAUGUAAAAGAUGAAUUCACAAAGACAUAUUCCAUAUUCUGAAGGACCACGUCUGACACGAGGUGAUGAUGAGAUGCACCGGUUUGAAUAUCGUCACGUUCGUCGUAUUGAUGAGACCAUGAAUACAUAUUCUUUAAUUAACGAAGAAACACUAA